AUUCUGGAUGGAAAAUCAAUAUUUCAUUUCAGAUGUGAUUUCAAAUGGUUCUAAUGUCAUUACUCACAUUGGGUAAUACCCAUGGAAUUGUACUGAGUUUGAGUUUACAUCUCCAGGGAAAAGAUUGGACAGGAAAGAUUAGGCAACAGUAGUUUGCCUCGGGAUAAUGUUGCAUAACUGAAAUUGUUGAUCAGGCUAGUUGCUUUGGAUACCUGGAAAGGUUUAACAUUGACUACUGCUUGACUGUGUUUUUAUUUUUUAUUUCUGUUUUUUGUUGCAUGAAAGGCACCUUGAAAUUUUUCCACAGUUGUACUUCGUGAGGUAGCUAACCAACAUAUCUUGCCACUUUUUUGAAUAUAUUCAUCUAAAGCAGUACAUUUUGAGUGUGUAGGUGAGUCCAGGACCUGAGCCUGGAUGAUAAUAUGGGAGGUUUCAACUUUGUGGCAUUCUGUCCUUUGUUUGUGGCAGAAAUGUGCUAAAGUGUUCUUUUUCCCUUUUUCAGUCAAAUGCACUCGGGUUGUGAAUGUGUUUCUUAGUGCUUGCUUCAUUUUAGGCUGGGGAUUGUCUAAAUUGACAAAGGUUAAUUAAGGACAAAAGUUGUGGGGUGGGACACAGUGACAUGCUGGGAACAGUUUCAGUUUGGGCACAAUGUGUGAACGACAGGCUGGGGACAAUGUUAAGCUGUAGAUUUUGUUGGUCCAGGCUUUCUCAGUUACAUUUGACCGAGUAUUUAGGAGCCAGUGAUGAAACAGGAUUGUACAGAGGUUAAAAAUCAGAAUGCUCUCCAGGAUCUGUGGUGUCUGAAUAAUCCCUCCAAACUUCAAGAACUAAUCAGUACAGAGACUGAAGACUUGAGUGAUCAGAUCAGAAAAGAUCCCUGCUGGAGACUGGCUAACAGUAUUAAAUUGCUUGUAAACAAGAUAGUAGACAACACAAGCAAGAAACGAGUAAUCAAAGAUGUAAUGGAAAAUUUACCUGUCGACGUUUUUAAAACUGCAGCAGAGUUCGAUGAUAAACCUGCAUACCGCUCCUCUGCUCAUUUCACUGUACAGUUUGAUUCUCAGCAAGAUAUGUUAUACAAUGCAGACCAGUCGUGUCGUCAUCUUGUUAAAUGGGGUUUUGAAAAAGGGCAUUCCUACUUUCAGAACAUGACGAUCAGUCAUGGAAAACUGCGAGUCAGUGAAACAGGCAGAUACUACAUCUAUGCCCAGACUUACUUCAGAUAUCAGCACAGGGCUGUAGCUGAUUAUGAGGGCUAUUCUGAAAUAUCUAAUGAGCAACAACUUGUGCAGUGUAUAUACAAGAUGACAAAUACCUAUACCUUACCAAUCCUCCUCAUGAAAAGUGUAGGAACAAAAUGCUGGGCAGCGAAUGCUGAAUAUGGUUUGAAUUCCAUCUACCAAGGAGGACUAUUUCAAUUGAAGGCUGGUGAUGAAAUAUUUGUUACUGUCUCUGAUAUAAAAUUAAUGGGUGAUGAUGUAUCAUCUAGUUACUUUGGAUCCUUUAGAUUGAGUAUGUAGGGAGAUCUCAUGAUCCUUGCUGAGAAUAAUGCUGCACAAAUCUGAUUCUAAAAUGAAAACUGGCUCAAUUUUUAAAAAAUUUUGCAAUUGGUUAAUGUGGUGGUUAACCACUGAAAUAUAUUUGUAUAAGGUUGAUGUUCUGUUGCAACAGAACAUGAGUUUAUUUCACAGAGGAAGAAAUAAACAAAGUUUUAUAAAUGUAUAUAUGUAGAAGAGAGUUACAAAGAUCUUAACUCAUACAUCAAAGUAAAGUUUCAGGUUGUUUCUCAUCAUUAUCCAUACAGAGAUUCAAUCCCAGAGAAGGAUCACACCCAAAUCAGCAUUUUAAAAAAGUUUGAUUUAACUGACUUUCCCCAGUUUCUUUCUCUUGGACUAUGGAGACAAUUUUACAAUUCUGUGACUGCUGGCAUGAACAACAAGUUCUGUCAUUGGCUCUACUGCAAUCGUUUACAGUUAUUGAAAACCCGUCUUUUGUUUCUUUACUUGUUCUAAUUCAUUUUACCUUGCACCAUCAUCCCUUUUGUCAUUGAAUCAGACAUUCUUUCUAUCCUACCGUUUUCCUUUCCUCUUGGCAUUUUCCCACACAUCUAUCCCUCAUAUCUCUGUCCAACACAAGCAAAAACAAAUUGCUGUAAAAGCCUAGCAGGUCUGGCAGCAACUGUGGAGAGAAAUCAGAGGUAAAGUUUCAGGUUGAGUGGCUUAUAUUUUUGUAUUUGCUGAACACCUGUUACAUUUCUAAUUUCUUUCAGUUCUAAUGAAGGCUAAUGAUUUGAAGUGCUAAAUGAUUCUUCUCCAUAGAUGUUGCCUGAACUUUAGAUUUGCAUUGACUACUUAUAUUAGAACAAUAUUGUAUAGCAAUGGUGUACUGUUGAAGUUAAUUCAAGGGCAAUGUCUGACAACUUAAGUCCAAGUAAAGGAAAAAAAUACAUAAAUGGCAUCCCUAAUGCACAGCUACUAAUCAAUAAUAUUGGUUUAAGCAGUGAGCCAAAUAAUUAAUUUUCACAGAUUAUGCAAGACAGUUAUAUCUUUAGAAAGAAUCAUGGUGGAGAUAGAUGACAUUUGUAACAUAGCAGUGCUGCAGUUUGUAUUUCCUUUCACUGUAAUCAGAGUCUGUAUGUCUUUCUGUCCAAAUAUAAUUUUUUUAAAAAUGGUUUAAAUGUUUAUUACUCAAUCCUGUUGCAGCAUGCCUAAGUAUCAUGGAACAAGAACAAAAAGUGUGCUGUACACAGCAAACAGGUAUCAGUAAUGCGAAAUCAAGUGUUUGAAUCUGCAGCAAUUGGAUAGACAAUUAAUCUGUUCUUUUGUAUAAUACCCGAGAAAUUAAAAUUGUGUCAUGUUUAUUUUCUGUUCAGUUACAAUACUUUAUGCUUAAAUCACAGGCACUAUGCUAUUCCCUAAAUCACACAGAGAUAUAUUUGAUUAUUAGCCAAAUGUAACCUUUAUUUUCAGAAAUAAUUAAUUAGUUGAUCUCCACCUGACCCACUGGGUGAAUGAGCUUCUCAUUGUGAAAUUGAAGCAGAGAUAGAAAUGAUUCUAAGUGUCAUCCAGGUCUGCCAUAACUUAGUUGAUUGUAAUGACAAUGGGUGUAGGGCUCAGCAGAGGGCAGCGACGAUGACGCUGAUUGGUGGUUGGGAUGAAGAUUUGAAUUGGCACAGUCACCAACAGCAGAAGGAGGACCUCCACAAGACAUCCUCCAAGUCAGAGUGAAGACAGGCAUUCAGCGACAAUGAGAACUGCAGAUGCUGGAGAAUCC